AUGCCCGGCGCCCCGCCGCCCGCGCCCCGCGGCGGCCCCGCCGGCGCCGCCCCGCGCGCCGUCGCGCUGGCUGUGCACGCCGUGCUGCAGCGCGAGCGCGCGCUCGACUGGUGCGUGGUGGUUGCCGGCGUCGUCAUCGUCGUCGCCACAGACCGCGCCCCCGUGCCCAAGGGGCCGCCGUACAUACUGAAGGCCUCCCUCCCAGACCUCGCCCACCCGCUGCUGCCCAACACGGUCCCGGCCUGGUCCGUGCCGGUGCUCGGGAUUGUGCUGCCCGCGGCGCUGCUUGCGCUGCACUCGCUGGUGUUCCGGCGCCCGACAAGCGAGCUGCACAAGCUGCUCCUGGGCCUGCUGGCCAGCGUGAUGGUUGCGGGCAGCAUCACAAAUUUGCUCAAGAUCUCGGUGCGCCGGCCGCGGCCCGACUUUGUGCCGCGCUGCUGGCCGGACAUGAAGCCCGUGUGGGCCUCUGAGGACGACUUUGGGGGCCGCCCCCAGUGCAGCGGCCAGCCGGCGGUGGUGGCUGAGGGCCUGAAGGCGACGGACUAUUGGCACCACCCGACGGACAUCAUGACCGGCCUGGUCCUGGGGUUUUUCGUGUCGUGGGUGGUGUACGCAUCCGCACGGGAGCCUGGCAGCAGCAUCGGCGGCGGCGGCGGCAGCGGCAGCGGAGGGCUGGGCGCGCCAGGGCGGCAGGCCGCGGAGGACGAGGGCUCGCACCAGCCGUUGCUGCUGCGGGGCGGGGCGGCGGGUUCGGCGGCAGCGUUCGCCAACACGGCGUCGGCACCGCUGCCCAGCGCGCUGCUGCCUGUCUGA